ACCUAAUAGUAAUUUGGGAUGGCGCUAGUCAAAUCUCUCCAUUUUUUUUUUUUUUUUUAAAUUAAACUCCAUUUAUUUUCACAAACUUAAGACAAAACUGUAGCUACCACAAAAGUACCACGUGGGUUUAGAUGGGGCCAAGUGAAAAUGCCACAUCGGACAUCACAGACCCAAUGUCUUCUAUUCAAUUCUCAUCAAUGGCCACUGAUUUCUUGAUCUUUCGGCCACUUAUUCCUCAUCACAAACUCCUCCUUUGAUCUACCAUCAUUCAAUAUUUCACUAUUCAAGUCCUACUACACACAGCAAAACCCAAGCUUCGUAGCUGGCAAAGAUGGCAAUGGAGAUGACCAUCCAAGCUUCAGCCACCACCAACAACAACACAAGACCUCAAUUGUCUACUCCUAAAACUUUUUUCAAGCCCCAAAUUAGACCAUCUUCUGUUUCUCUACCUGCAUCAUCAACUACAAUCACUCUCUUGGGCCUCUUCACACCUCUUCACGAGGCCAAGGCUCUCACUCUCCCCAAGGACCAGAUUACUUCUUCCUUAACUGAAUUUGAGAAGACAAUUGACCAAGUUCAGCAAGUGGGUUCGAGUGUCUAUGACACUACAGGACAUGUUCUUCAAGUUUUGAUAAAUGCUGCGAGGCCUGUCAUUGAAGUGGCAUUACCAAUUGCAAAGCAGGCUGGAGAACAGGCUUUGAAGAUAGCUUCUCCAUUUGUGUCUGAGGCUUCAAAGACAGCCCAAGAGGCAAUUCAAAGCUCCGGCUUCGACACACAGCCGGUUCUGACUGCUGCAAAGACUGUUGCUGGUGCAGCACAGCAGACAAGCAAUGUAAUUGAAGGGGUCAGGCCAAUUGCUUCAUCAACUUUUGAAACAAUGUCUUCUUCAGACCCUCUUACAAUUGUAGGAUCUGCCGGAGCAUUGUUCCUUACCUACCUUCUCCUUCCUCCAGUCUGGUCUGUCAUUUCAUUUAACUUCCGCGGUUACAAAGGUCAACUUACUCCAGCUCAAACCCUUGAUCUUAUAUCGACGAAGAAUUACAUUAUGAUUGAUAUUCGAACAGAGAAGGAGAAGGACAAGGCUGGCAUUCCUCGCCUUCCAUCUAGUGCUAAAAACAAAAUGAUUGCCAUUCCUUUGGAAGAGGUGCCUAACAAGCUACAAGGCCUCGUUAGAAAUGUAAAGAAACUACAGGCUGAAAUAGCAGCUCUGAAGAUUUCUUAUCUGAAGAGAAUCAACAAAGGCUCCAGCAUUGUCAUAUUGGAUUCGUAUUCGGAUUCGGCUAAGAUAGUGGCUAAAACUUUAACUAGUCUUGGCUUCAAGAACUGCUGGACUGUGGCUGAUGGCUUCUCCGGAGGCAGAGGGUGGCUGCAGAGUCGUCUAGGGGUAGAUUCAUACAACUUCUCGUUUGCAGAGGUCAUUUCACCAUCUCGGAUCAUUCCCUCAUCAGUAAGACGUUUUGGUACAACCAGCAACACAUCUCAGUCUGCUCAAAAAUUGCUUCCAGAAUGAUUCAUGUCCUAAUUUAAGUAUAAACAAGAAAGACAAGGGGAAAGAAGAACAUCGUUCUUAUUGGAGAAUGCCGUCAAUGUGAACAAAUUGUUUAGAUCCAAGUCUUGUCUAAUCAUUUUUGUAAAUCUUUUUUUUUUUUUCAUUUUUUUAUCUGGUCUCACUUUUGUUGUAUAAUACAGAGCACUCAGUACAGAUUCGUCUUUUACUUUUUUCCUCA